UGUCCCUCGAGGCAGCGGACGGCAAGUGUCCGGCUCCUGAGGAGGAGGAGGGAGACCCAGAAUGGCCCCGAGGAAGCGGCUGCGGAGUAAGGGCGGGCAGAAUCCCCCGUCGAAGGUCUUCAUCAUGGAUGAAACAGUAUCUGAAUAUAUUAGAAGAACAGUGCUGCGAAUACCACGUUCAGAAACAUCAAAAAUGCUGGCUACGUGGGGGUUUCUGUCUGAGACUCAGCUUCAGUCUUUGAACAUUCAUCAGAAAAAAGAAAACGUGUCUCAAGCAGUUGUCGAACUUUGUGAGGAGAACCAUGCAACUAUUAAAGAUGCAGCAGAAUUAGACAUAAUUUACAACUACACCUAUCAAGAAAAAAAGAUGUGGACUGUUUACCAAAUGACUAGAGAAGAUAAUGAAGAUCUGGUCAUUUUUAACUGGACAAAUUUCAGAAGAAAAUUUAAAUAUGCUCUGCUAUCCGUUCUGAAAAAUGCAACUAUCAGCUUUAAAGAAUAUGAAGACAACGCAGUGUGGAUUCGAAUUGCGUGGGGAACACAAUAUACAAAACCUAAUCAAUACAAGCCAACCUAUGUAGUUUACCAUUCACAAACUCCUUUUGUCUUUAUAGCCAAUUCUAAGUUGAAGAGUAAUAGAACUUUGCUUUUUCAGGCCCUGUUGGCUGCUGCUGAUUACAAAGACAUCCAUGAAAUGGACUUCCGAAGCCAUUGUUUAGACUCUCUUAAAGUUAUUUUAUUUAAAAGAUGUUGCCAGAACUUUCAGACUUAUCUCCCUCAACCUCUACAAGAAAAAAACAGUGCUCUGGAAAAUGUUGAUCCAAGGAUAAUUUUGGAAGAUAAACAUGAAAAGGACAGAAUUCAGAGAGUUAAUCGGGAAGCUUUUGGUGAUGGUCCUCAGCCAAAGCUAGAAUUUGCACAAUACAAGCUUGAAACCGUAUUUAAAAGUGAAGAGGAAGGAAGCAUCUUGAAUACUAAUGAGCCAUUUAGAUGUAUGAUCAAGUUUUCUAGUCCUCAUCUUCUAGAAGCACUCAGGUCCCUAGGACCUUCUGGAAUAGCAGAUGCUCCUCUUUCACCGUUACUCACCUGCAUCACCCAAAAAGCCAGGAAUUAUUUUAAAAUCAGAGAGAGAAAAGAUGCUCUUUCACAAAGCUAUGCAGACCAGUGAUACUUUUAAGGUAAAUUGAACAAACCUCUCUUUAUGGAUUGUUUGUUUGAUUUUGCUGAGAAGAAUAUAGAGUCACUUCUCCCAAGCUUCCUAUGUUUUUCAGAUUACUCUGUGGUUUGCAGAAAGUUACAGUUUAUAACUCGGAGGGACCUGUUUGACAAGACACUCCCUGUGUUAUCACUCAAUAACUUUUCAUAGACGUGCCAGAUUCUUCUGAAGCAAACCACACAAAAAUGAUUUUAGAAAUUGAAUAAUUCAUAGUAUUAUUUUUGGGAGAUUUUGUAAGUGAUGAUCAGUGCGAAGGUUUGUGUGUUCUUAGAAUGUAAUCAAUAAAAGUGCUGUUGAAAAUGACCAUUUGAUUUUAAAUAUUUUAGUUAACUGAUGCAAGUGAGAUAAAUAAACCUAUUGAUUAAAUUGUAAUAACUGCGUGUAAUUUUCAGACGAGUGUAAAUAACAAAGCUGUUAUAUUUAACUGCUAGUCACGAUGACAGCAUUCUGUGCUGGAGUCAGCCUCUUACAAAUAAGAAUAUCCCAAGGAAAUCCACAAGCAGAAUAGUGGACAGGAGGAGGAGAAAUCUUUUCAUCCAUCCUUUACUAAUCCCUCACUCCACCCUGACCUGCUGAACAUAAAAUGUCCUUUCCAUACUAGUUUGAAAGAUGAGCAGCUUGCAUUCUAUAUGACAUUAAAGGGAAGGCACUUGCCCUUUUCCAUGGCCAGCAUCAAUAUGCAGGCUUCUGUGUUUUAAAAAUGUCUGGGUUACUCUAGUAGGCUUAUCUAUAUGCCAUUGUAGAUGUUAGCAAUGCACGAUCAGUGUUGUCUAAUUAAAAAUGAAAUACUAACCUAGUGUAUAUAAUCCAACUAUUUUAACUAUUUGUUUUGGAGAAGUUCCUGUGAGGACAGUUGGAAUGUACUGUAUAAAAACGUUGAUGGUAGACAUUCAGUUAUACUAAACUGAAUUUUAAACAGAAAUUGUAGUGAAACGUGUAUCUUUUAAUUGUAUUGCCUUAUAUGUACUUGGAUAUCCAUGACAAAAAUGGAAUGUAUGUUAGCUGUAUAUUGCAGAAGAAUCUAUUACAAAUGUCAGGCCCUUUCUGACAACGUAGAUAGCUAUUUUAAGAAGUUUUCAUUUUUCAUAUCUUUGUAAAAAUAAAUAAAGCUAUUUAUAAAAAUGUG